UAACAAAAAUCACGAGCACAUCUCUAGUUCAUACAUAUUCUGUUUCAGUUUUUUGAGUCGAAUGGAAAAAGUGGAAAAAUAAAAGUAUUUUUUAUAGUAGGCUGUAAAGAAAACAGACCUAAACAAGUGACUUAAUAAAUUUGCGACGAUAUGGAUGAUAAAUCAGCAGCGCCCACAGCAGACGCUGCGACAGAGACGGAGACAGAAACAGAGACGGAGGCCGGCACUGAAAUUGCAUCCUUGAGAGCAGCACACACAACGGUAACAGUGGAACCAAUUCCGACAACAUCAAAGUCGCUAAAUGAUGCAGCAGUGAGCAACAGCAACGUAGCGACCGAAGCAGCAGCAGCCCGGAGGGAUUCCUCCGUAGAUACCGAGCGUAGUUGUUGGAUUUGUUUUGCCACGGACGAGGAUAAUCGCUUAGCGGCCUGGGUGCAGCCAUGUCAGUGUCGCGGCACAACCAAGUGGGUUCAUCAGAGCUGCCUAUAUCGCUGGAUCGAUGAGAAGACACAAAAGGGCAAUGCACUGCGCUCCGUGUCCUGUCCACAAUGUCAGACCGAGUACAUUAUUGUGUUCCCACAAAUGGGCAAACUGGGAGGAGCCUUGGAAGCCGUGGACAAUGUAGUCAAGCGUCUGAGUCCGUUUCUGGCAGCUGGCUUCUUUGUCGGCUCACUCUACUGGACAGCCGUCACCUACGGCGCUGUAACUUUCCUUCAAAUUGUUGGCCAUGAACACGGAAUGUCUAUAAUGGAAGCUGGCGAUCCCCUCAUACUGCUAAUCGGUCUACCCGCCAUACCUGUUGGCCUUAUACUCGGCCGUCUCAUACGCUGGGAAGAUGCCCUGUUGCGUUUGAUACGCAAUCGUGGCACCGUAAUGCGCAAGUUUCCAUUUGUGAAUUUUAUCUAUCCAAAUCUAAAUCAGGAGGAGGAGCAGCCAAUCUCUUCAAAUCCGGCAACGCCAGCUCUAUCAGAUCCCGUCUCGGCAACGCGCAUAUUUUGUGGUGCUCUGCUUCUGCCUACGAUCUCUUGCAUUGUGGGUCGCAUACUGUUCGAUACCGUUGAGAAUACGUUGCAUCGCACAUUGCUCGGCGGUCUAACCUUCAUCACGGUCAAGGGCAUGCUAAAAAUUUAUCUAAAGCAGAAGCAAUAUGCGCGUCGCAAGAAGCGUCGUAUUGUUGACUACACGGAGGAGAAUAUACGAAAUUUUAUGCAUCGCAACAGCAACAACAAUGCUGGUGCCACGGGAAUCGGUGGGGCACGUCAUCAACAGCAGCCCCAGCAGCAGCCAGUACUUCCCAUGUCACGGCUGGCCGCUGCUGCAGCGGCUGCUCGGGAGCGUGAACGUGAACGGGAACGCGAACGGGAGAUCGAGGUGAAUGGUGACAGCGUUGUUUAAAUGCAAAUGGACACUCAAUUCAAUCGUAAUUCAUAUGAUAUGACAACCUACUUAUUGUUCAACUAGUUGAGUUUUGAUUUAAGUUCAUUUUGUUUACUACCCAAAAAAAAAAAAGAAGAAAA